AAGAUGAAAAAUGGUUCCAUAAAGAUUGACUGGUUGGAUUUGUUUUCCUGCAUGCCUCGGAGAUCCCAGGAACCACUUAAUAAAAUGCCUAGUCGCCUUCUACCCGGAAUCACUAGGGAUAAACUUGCAGCAUAGCUGGUGCAUUGUUCCAUUUCGUAUGGGGCAACGAGCAGGCUUACGCUUGCCUAAUCUAAGGGCAUUCGAGGGCCUGCACACUAGUUGAUCAGGGAUUGAUGGACAACUUUAUCCCGCCUCUACAUUUCUGCUCAAGGUCAGUCGCCUAUUCCACAUACCGGUGAAUAAAUGAAUUUGAAUUAAUGCAUAUGCAAACAUGCUGGCAAUACCUUUCAGUGCCAAUAUUCUUUUAAACCCAACAAAAGAUGAAUAUGCUAAUUGGCCUACCAGUUAUUUGCCUUCACCAAGAUCAAAUUUUAAUUCUGAUUGUCAACAGAGGGCAGCAUGCUAUAUGCCUAUCAUACAAAGACGAGAUUAUUGAUUACAAACCUAACAACAGGCACUUGGAGGAAUGAUGAUGAGAUAUAUGAAAAUAUUCCUAGUAAACAAUACGAUAUUGUUAGCAGGGCGCAGGCUAUCAGGACUUAUAAAGCCUAGAUUUUUGCUAAGCAGGGAUGGGAUGCCAUCAGUGCAUUUCCGUGAAAGAUCAAACUUAGUCGGCGCAGUAGCAGAAACAUCAUACGAUUUGAGUCUGAGAGAUGUUGCUAGGACUUUCAAAGAGUGGUUUACAGACAGGAAACUUAGGCCUCCCGUUUGGAGAAAUGCAGAGGUGCAGAGAGAUGCGGAAAGAAUUUGCCAGGUUCUUGCGAAUCCUGAGGAUGAUGCUGCACUUGCACAACUCAACAUCAACCUCACAGAAGAAUGCGUUGUGAGGGUACUUCAAUGCCAGAAUGAUAUAUUUCUUGGCCUAAUUUUUUUUGAUUGGGCUGGUAGACAGAGUAACUAUCAUCAUGGUAGAGUUGCUUACUUCACCCUGUUCAAAAUGCUCUAUCGAGCCAAAAUGUCCGAAACCAUCUUGAAUUGGCUAGAGUCAUUUCAGAUGCAGGGACAAAUAAUCGGUCUUCGAUAUUACGAGACAUUGAUAAUGGGCUAUUCACUUGCAGGAAAGCCAGUUAUCGCACUGCAAGUGCUUGCUCGGAUGAGAUUUCAAGGGCUAGAUUUAGAUUGGUUUGGAUACAACGUUUUAUUGAAUAGGUUGAUAGCAGAGGAAUUCUUCGAUGUUGUUGAUUCACUUUGCAGACAUAUUUUAGACAGAGGUUUAAAAUAUUCUGGCACUUCUUAUGUGAUGAUAAAAACUUUAUGCAAGAGGAAGAAAGUAGAUGAGGCGAAGACAAAGUUCGAUGAACUCAGAAGGAACAAUGAUCCUAUUAAUAGAGACAUACUUGUUGCACUUGUUAGUGCACUUGGCAAAGAAAAAAGAAAUCAAGAAGCCUACCAGCUGAUAGAAGAAUUCAAGGAAGAGGGAAAAUUCUCAAUGUGCAGGGUUUAUGACACAUGGAUCAGCACUCUUCUUCAACAGAAGAGAGUGGAUGAUGCAUUGGAUUACUACCGUAACAAAGCUUCUGAAGGAUACAUUCCUGGGCAUUUUUGCUACAAUGCUUUGGCAAGCGCUCUCCUGAGACAAAACAGACUCGAGGAGGUGUUGGAUUUGCUUGUUGAGAUGAGAGAGAAUCAUAUUAUCCCAGAUCAGGCUACCAUGAAUGCAACAAUUUGUUUUUUCUGCAAGGGAGGACUGAUUGAAGUGGCGUUUGAUUUAUUCAAUGGAAGGAGGGAAAUUGGGUUUACUCCAGAUAAUUUGACUUACAAUGAGCUUAUCAAGGGUCUUUGCAAAGCUGGAAACAUCGAGGUAGCUUACAGUGUCCUACAAGACGGGCUAGAAAUAGGUUAUUUCCCAGGUAAACAGACUUAUGCCAUUCUUGUAGGUGCCUUAUCAAAGACUGGGAGAUAUGAUAAGAUGUGUGAACUUAUUGACAUGGGUAUUGACAGAUGCCAAGCUCCCAGUCUUCCUAUUUGCAAAGAAUUCAUUUCUGCUCUUUGUAAGGCAGGUAGGGUGGAAGAAGGAUACUUGCUGCCAAGCAAAAUGAGAAGAAAUAACAUGACCGUUGACAAAAAAAUUUACUAUGCACUAAUAUACAGCCUUUGUGAUGCAAAAAAGGGAGAGAUGUCCUCAAAGCUAUUGCUUGAAAUGCAGGAGGAAGGCUACUUUGUAACUCACAACUUGUACAAAGCUGUAAUAAUGGUUCUUUGUGAAACAGGUCAUGCAGAUCAGGUUGUUCAACUUUUAGACAUGAAUGUAACAAUUCAAAACCACAAUGCUAAUUUGUACAAUUCUUUUAUAAAAGGUCUUUGCGAUGCAGGCCGAUCAGAUAUAGCUACAAGAGUAUAUGAAAAAAUUUUAGAUAAUAUGCAUAUGCCCAUUUCAAGUAACCAUCUAAGCUUGCUACAUGGCUACUUGAAGUGUAAAAGGAUAGUAGAUGCAUUGACAUUCUUUGAAGCAAUAUUAACCCACCGUCCCCCAAACAGACAGUUAUACAGUGUUCUGGUAAGUGGGAUUUGCAACGCAGGCAAAGCAGAGCUAGGACUCUCAAAAUUUGAAGAGAUGAUUGGGAAAGGAUUUACACCCAAUCUUCAGUGUUAUGAGGAACUUAUUCAUGCUUUAUGCAUGGAUAACAAAUUCAACAACGCAUUGUGGGUUUUUGAUCACAUGAAGAUGAAAGGUCGUCUCUCCUCACCCUUCAUCUACAACAUACUUUUGCGUUGUAGUUUUAAGGUAGCAAACAUUGACAAGGCCUGGGAUCUCUUUACAGACAUGUGUAAGCAACGAAAUUCUCCCAAUGUUAGGAUAUUUGGGACAUUUGUUAGUUUGCUUUCUAAUGCAGGGAGACUUGAGUUCAGUCUACAAACUCUGGAAGAAGCAAUAGAGCAAUCAUUUGGGUCUAAUAUUGUUGCAUACAAUUUAUUACUAAGAUCCGUGUGUAAGGAGGGCAAACUGACAGUGGCUUAUGGUCUAUUCAACAGAAUGUAUGAGAAAGGUCGUGUUCCAAAUGCAUGGUCUUAUGAUAUCCUAGUACACGGUUUCUGCAGGGUAGGCAGGGUACUUGAAGCUCAGAAGCUAAUGGAAGAAAUGCUUGAAAAGGGGUUUUAUCCAAGCAGCUGGACAGAAAAAAUAUAUGGGUCAUUAAUCAACUGUGGUGUGAGAAAGGUCUGAUGCCACACUUUUAAAGAGUGUUUGAAGCAUUUCUAAUUGAGGUCUUUAAGGUAUCAGCUAUCAGAAUUUGUCAAAGAACUGGAAGCUAUGACCAUAAGCUUGCAGGGCUGUAUUAUUCAUUGAAAGGGGUCGCUGCCAAUGCAGAGAAUUUUCAUUACCUUUUCGUUAUGCUGAUUGUUACUGGUAGCCUUCUAUUGCAAGAUAUUGGGCUAUUCUGCAUAGUAUAAGAAAGGUACUUGCACAAAAGCUGGGCAUUCUUUCUGAAGCCAGUAAAGCGGGAUGUGUCUCAGUAUGGCAUUAUUCAAUUUCUGCUGAUGGUUUACAUGCAUUGGAUUAAUAGUGAUGAUUGAAUAAGUGAAGAUUUUCCUGGUAAGUUGGUUCAUUCAUAGAUGAAGCCAGCCUUUUUAAAAGGCAGCACAAAGCAUCAUGUGAGUCUCUCUACGAAAAUAAAUUACUAUCUUGUUCAUGACCUAGAAAAUUAUUUUCCUUUGUUUAUCAAAGUUACUGGGCAACUUGGUAUCCUAUCUAUGAAAUGGUUGACAAAAUUGUCAAAUAUAGGGGCUUCUGCAAAAUAAUGAGGCACAUGAACCAUGCUGCUUUGUUCAUUUCCUUUUGUAAUUGGGAUCUGGUAUUCCAAAAAGACCCUAGUACUUAGAACAUUGAAAUGAUCCCUCAUUUUAAACAACCUUCAAUUAGGAAGAGGAAGUUCAUUUGUUUAUGUUGGAGAAUUCCAAGAUUGUUUCUUACUUUUCACCCCUCAAAAGAUGUCCUGUUAGCAGUUAUUUACUUCACUAUAAUGGUCUACACUUUCCAAUAUUCGUCAAUUGUUGCAAGGCCAACAUUUAUACAGCACUGCCUUAUGUGCCUGAAGAUUAACAUCGCCGUGAAGCAUUUGCUACAAAGAAGAGCACUAAAAAUUAUACAGCUUUCUGACUCCUUCUGUCUUCUGAGAUCUAUAAGCUUAAGUUUGCUUUCUGGUGAUCUGGUGAUUAAACUGCAGUUCGCUGAUGACUCCACCCUUUUUGUGGAUUUGGAUGAGUAGAACAUUAUUAAUUUGAGUAAGAGAUUACAUUUGUACAGUCCUGCCUCUGUUUCUAAAAUUGCUCACACAAAUCAAGUGUUGUAUGAUAAUCUAAUGAGUUCCCCAGUGGGUUUUUUAAGAGUGGUUGAAAGUGUUUACGUCCAAAAUGGGGUGUUCCUUUUUCUCCGUGCCCUUCUUCAAAAGAAAUGUGGAAUUGAGUGAUGGAUAAAGUUAAAAGUAAAAUUUAAAUGGAAUUGUAACUUGACUUACUUGGCAAGGAGAUUUCAGGUUUUCCAGAAGGUUUUUUUCUUCGUACUCUUUGUAUUUUUCCUCCUGAUGGUUAGUAUCUUUUGCCCAGAUUAAUCAUUUAACUUAUUAGGGGAUUCCUUUGGUCAAAUGGAAAGGGGAUCAAAAGAUGACAUGCUAUCUCUUGGGAAUCAUGUUAUAUACCCAGGAGGCUGGGUGGAAUGGGGUUGAGGAAUUUGUUUUCGUGUAAUAUCCCCAUUUUCGUGAGCAUCAGAGUUCGAAGGAUUAGCCUAUCAUUUGACCCUUGUAGGCUAGUGUGGUGGAUUAGAGGGUCUAGUUUGGGAUUUUUGGAGCUCUUCAGAUGGCCGUUGUUAGUGUUUACCUCUCCAGGUUGUGGGUAUAUUCUGAGGCUAGGCUAUUCAGAGGUUUCUGGUUCCAUUUUGAGGGACUUACUAUUUAUAGUAAGUCAGUGCAUGUUAGAGAGGGACCCUUACUAUUUUUAGUAAGGCAGUUGGAUGCACAGUGGAUACAAUGGUUAACUCCCAGAUUCAGUCGGAAUUGAGAAAUAAUGAUUAAUGAUGGAGUUAUAAUGUUAUAAUUGUUAUUAAAGUUAUAAUUUAAUAAUAAUUAAUUAUUAAGUGCAUAUCAUUGAUAAAUUAAGUGGACUUUAUUUAAAAGGGAGAUUUAAUGUUUUAAAAGUAUACUUUGUAAUAAGUGAUAAAGUGUUAUUUAAAGGGGAGAUAUAAUUGUUUAAUAAAGUAUACUUUAUAUUUUAAUGUUGUGCACCAAAAGGAGGGAAAAAGAAAUGAAAUUAAAGUAAAUUAAAGGAGAUGAAGACAAAUGCAAAUUAAACAUUAUAAAAGAGGAUUUGGAUUUCAUUUCAUUCAUUUUCUCGAAUCAUUUCAACAUUUGUCUAUUCUGAAGAAGCUUUGGCUUUGAAGAAGAAACCUAGGGUUUCGCUGUAAUUUCAAUCUUGGAGAAUGUAGCCUCUCUUCAAUUGUGCUAGUGGCUUCAUACGAAGUCACAUCUGAGCAUCAAUGGAGUUUAUGUAAAUCUGAGUUGAUUAUGUCAAAGUAUUUCAAGGGAAUUUAGAGCAGAUCAGAAGUUAUUGGAGAUAAGCAUUAUUAAAUUUCUUCAUUGUUGGUUGUGCCUUCUUCAUUGGCACGUGGGAAUCAUUAGUGUGCAGAUUGGAAGUGAUAAUCUAUAGAAAUUUUCAAGGGUUUGAUGAUUUAAUUGCUGCCAUAUAUUGGAUGGGAUUUGAUAAUAUUCUUUCUACUGUAUGGAUGCUCCAAACUUUAUAUUUCAUUCUAGAACCACGUAUGGCAGAGGGUUUCAAGGCAUAUCUUACCUAAUUUGCAUGGAGAAACUUUCAAUCUAUACGAGACUCUGGAGAUCUCUAUUCUAUUUUCAUCUUUUUCAGGUGCGUACUUGGAAAAUGAAGAUAAUAAAUCGGAGACAUGGACAUCAAGGAAGAUGAUUGUUCUCUUGACCGGCAAAGUUCUGGGAAAUUGCAUAUUAAAAAACUAAUUUCGGCUGGAUAGCAUAGCAGAUAGUGUGAAGGUCUUUUUAAAACAAAAAAGCUCUUGGGUGGCACCAAUCAGAUUGAGCCCAUCUCAAUCUAGAAAUAAAUGGGAACAUUGCUCCUGUUGGAAGUUCUUCCGUAAUAUUAAACUUUGCUGGUGUUAUGAUUUCCUGUUCUACAAUGAAGUUUGCAGAGAGGGCACCUAAUUUGGAGUUACGUUUGUUCAAUGAACAAGCAUGUCUUUUGGUAAAGGACAGUUAAAUUGCAGGACAACUGAUGGGAUCUAUAUUUGAAGAACACCAAAAAUACUUCAAUUCUAUACCAGAGUUCUGGGAUCUAUCUUUGAAGAAUACAAUUCUUGUAAAGCUCUCUGUCACAAGAAUGAACCCAGAGUAAAGCCUGAUUAAUGAAUAAAGAUCUUCUACAACAAUCAUAUUUUGUUGUGACAAUGCUAAAAAAGUUAGAAAAAGUGUCAUUUGUAUUCAGUAAAAAGUUGUUGGGAGGCAUAUUUUGCAUGAACUCAUCACAUUAUAGUCAUGCAGAACCUAACAUGUAAAAGCUUGUAAUUGCACUUAACUGGAAAGAUGCAUUUGAGAAAAUGCGAUUAGAGCUUGCCCUAUGAAUCUCUAAAGUAAAAAGACUAUGAGAGACCAGUAGAUGGUAUUGUCUGGAUAAAUGUUGACAGCUGGGAAUAUAUUUGUAGCUUAACCUGUACAUGCUUUGUCUUCAUCCAUAUAGUUUUAUGAUCAGAGCAGUUUAACUUCUUUGA